AUGUUUAUCAUGCUUUUUUCGGCAAUCUCUUUAGCUUUUUCAUUUGUCAUCCCUCUAUACAAGAGCUUUGCACUCUUAUCUGACAAGCAGGAUCCAUUCCCAAAGCAAAUAUUAGAAAGCAUCAGUGGUACAGUUACUAUCCCAAAGAAGAAGGCGGAAGCUCUUCAAGAGUGUGUUGCCUAUUGGAUGAUCCUAUCAAUAGGAUAUUAUAUAAGUUCAAUCAGGCUUGUGGCUUUCCUUGGAGAUCUAAUUCCAUUUAAUUAUUUGCUGUUGCUUUAUGUGAGAGUAUGGCUUGUAUUUCCUAUGGUUUCGUUAAAUAAGUAUCAAAAUAACGAGACAGACGCCAAGGUGACAGGGACCUUCAUAAUAUACCACUAUUAUCUUUACCAUUGGUUAGAGCGACUUACUGCUUAUAUAAAUGAGAGUGUUGUGUUGUAUACUAGCAGUUAUAAUAAUCUUGUGGACAAAUAUGCAUCCCCGAUGGAAUUCUUGAAGAUUCAACCUGUCUGGUUGGCAUCUUUUGCACCAGAUCAGAAGCAGGCGGGAUCUUCUAAUACUAUUCAAUCAGGUAUCAAUCCUGGUGCCAACUCAUCAAGAAGGUCAUUUUCUCAGACAAUAUCAGAUAUGCUGGGUAAAUCCGCCAAACAAAGCACACAAGGUUCAAAUAUACUUUCUUCUUCUGCCGCUAUUCCGGUGACAAAUUCAUCAUCUUUCUCUAAUAGAUAUUCCAAAGAGGCUACUGAAAAUGAGAGCAUUUCGAUGGGAUUUUUGGCGGACUGUUUCUUCGCUCCACUAACAAAUUUGUCUCAGUAUGUUAUUUCACAUUCCUCUCAAACAAAAGAUUCAUCCAACCAAGAUUCAAACUCGGACGGGGAUACUUCUUUUACUUCCUCUGUCUCCUCCAAGCACCCAAAAAAAAGGAUAGUCAGCGGUUCUGGCUCAAGUAUAGUGGAUGGCUUUGAUAUGAUGAAUGAUGUGGUAAUUAAAGAAAGCGUCAAACCAGAAGGCAAAUCUGCUUCACAAGACGUUCCCAUAACUCCUGCAACACCAAGAUCUGUCAGCGGAGCUUCUAGAAAAUCUUCUUCGCCACAACAGCGGAAAUCCUCUUGGAUCUUCAGUUUCAGAAGCUCCGCUUAA